AUGCUUAAGAUUUUAGUUUUCUGUUUGGUAGUGGUAUCAGCCUUAUCAGCUGAAAUACUAACACACGCAACAUUGGAUAAGGAAGUACGGUUUAAACCAGAAGGCGAGGAAGCGAUCGAAACCCACGCUAUUUAUAAGAAGCAGUCAAAUCCUGAACCAAAACAUCAUCCAGUGUAUAGAGCAGAGGAGCAUCAGAAUGAAGGUCGUGCAAAAAUUGAGCCAGUCAGGCCUAGAGAUCCUGUCAUAAAUCAUGACAUGUUAGCUGAUGAACCAGUCUCGGUAUCGGCUUCAGAAGUUAACAGAAACGAUAAUAUUUAUGGCUUUCCUGGCCCGAUCGAAGUGGCAUACCCUGAUGUGCCGUAUGCUCCUGGUUAUCCAUAUGGACACGGAUACUCUGCAUUAAAUAACUAUGAUCUCUACGGAAACAGUGAUUAUCUUAUGGAACCGGAUACGUCUUCACUUGGACUUCUAUGGAGUCAAGUACCUGAUUCAAGGACUAUGGUAAGUUACGCUGCGAGAACUAUCAGUUGGAUGUUUAGUAGCAUUUUUGUCUUAAUGCUCGGUUCUUUGCUCACGGUUGGAGUUUGUAGUUAUACAAAUCUUUGUCAAAUUACUUUUAAUGGAGUUGGUCCGAUUCAUGAAGAAAUGAGAUCUCUGAUAACACCGGAACGCUUAGAAAAAAUUAGUAGCGCAGCUGAUUUCGUGAAGACGGCUAUUAAUAAGUAUCAGAAGAUUCAAAAUGUUCCCGAACCGGGUACAAGGAAACGACGAACAAUUUUCUUUUAAAACUAUUCAAUAUAUUUUUGAGAAAUAAAUAUUUACUUCAUUA